UUGUCCUGGAGUCCUGGGUCAUUCUGGUAACACUUCGCUCAUGGAGUCUGACGAACUGCAGUUUCCAUCCAGAAACUUCUUCCUGCAGUGCGUCUGUCUCCUCUCCGCCUUUCUCCUCGGCCUGGUCCUUGGCCGACGUCGCCGGCGCCUGGCAAGUUCUGCUGGGCCUGUGCUGGUGGAAGCGGAGGCAAACGUGAGCCCAGCCCUUUUGGAGCAGGCGCUUUCCUUCGUUCCUUUCCAGGACUGGCUUCGGAAGCUGCAGCGGCAUCGCGACAGCUUCCGCCUGCAGAGGGUGACAGUUCAGUCAGUUGACAUGUUCGGCAAGAAAGUGGGCUUUGUGAAGCUUAAAUCAGAGGUCUAUGACCGUGAUGGGGAUCCACUGGCAGGAAUCUGUUUCCUCCGUGGAGGCUCAGUGGCAGUUCUGGUGAUUUUGGAAUCAGAAAGUGGGAAAGAAUAUUGUCUGCAAGUGCGUAUUGACAACGUUUGCACCGUGCAGCCGCAAUACAUGGCCCUUCCUGCUGGAAUGCUAGAUGGAAAUGGUGACUUUGGAGGUGCCAUGGCUCGGGAGAUGGAGGAAGAGACUGGUAUUAGAUGUGACGCCAAGAACUUGUUGGACAUGACAGCUUUGGUCUAUGGCGAAGAGUUCGAGGGAAUGUAUCCCUCUGUGGGGGCCUGCGAUGAAUUCAUUCGGCUCUUUCUCUUUCGCCGGCGGAUGCGGCAAGAGGAAAUCCUGAGUUUGGAAGGGAAAUUGAUGGGGUUGCGGGAAGAGAACGAGAAGAUCAAGUUGUGCCUUGUUCCUCUGGCAGACUUGUGGCAUUUGUCUCCAGAUGCCAAGGGCUUGUGUGCCCUCUUGUUAUAUAGCAAGCUCAAAGAAGCUGGACGAUUGUGAGUCGUGAGGGUGACAAAAAGUAAACUGAUGGGAUUGUUCUGGAACUAACUGCUGUAGUAUUGUGAACGAAUUGCAAGAGCCUCAAGACUAGUGGCCCGAAAGGUUA